UUGAUUGCUGAAAUGCAAAACUUGUUGCUGCUUCUCCCGGCGCUGGGCGAGAGGCAGACACCGAGAGGGGAGCCGAGACCCUCGGAACGCCCCACGCAGAGCCCCCCCCGCCAGCCAGCAGAGGGGUGCGAGGACCCCCCCAGGACUGCCCCAGCCCCCCCCAUUCCGGGCUCCUAGAGCGUAGCCGGAACGCCUCAACCCGCUCGCCUAGCCUGGCCCCCCAACCCGCGUAUGCCCCCCUCCUCGGGUCCGAGGGGGACUCGUGAAGCACCUCGGCUUGGAGGCAGGGAACCCGAGCUUCGGAGCGACCCAACCUCUCGACUCGCUGCCCGCCCGCGCCUGGAAGCGGGCGCGGAGACCCCGCGAACUCAGAGACCGAACAGACAAGGACAGAAGCGGCAGGCGGCGGACGUGGCCGCGAAGCGGCGCGCCGGGGUGCAGCGCACCCGCCGCGGAGCAGGGGAACCGCGCCUUCCCUCAAACCUGGGCUCCAACCCCGGGUGCCUGCUGCCUCCCCAGCCCAGCUGCGCCCUCGGCUCAGGGCCCGCACCCGUGAUGCCGAGCGGAGCCUCCAGCCUUCCGAUCCGCUGAAGAAGCAGUAGCCGCUUGCUCGGGGCCGACGGAGACUGUGCGAGCGGAUCGUGCUCGGCGGAGGCUCGGGCUGCGGAGCGCGGGGACUCCGGGGGGGAGGGGGGAGGGACCGUUCUGUCCAAGCCUGGGCGCCAGCCACGGUUUUGAAAGGUCUCCCUGCUCGGCCCCUUAGCAGCUCGGCCACGGACUCCGGGAGGCUUCGGGAGACGUCCUGGGGCUUCCCACCCGACCCGAUCGGACUUAAGAAGGUGAUCGCUCUGCUCUCCCUUCCUUCCCGCCUCCUUCCCCCCACUUAACUUUUUGUCUCCACUCGCCCGCAGCUCCGUCCCCUCCGCGCAAACCCACCCGCGGCUGUACCAACCGCCGGGGCAUGGGCCCCCCAACACGGCUCCCCGAGGCCCCGCGGCACCGCAAGAUGUGAGAGGCCCGGGUCCGGCAGAGCCAGAGCUUCGGGAGAGGAGCUGAUAACCCCCAGCCUCCACACGCCAGGCGAGGUGGCGGGGCGCACUGUACCCCCGCGGUGCUGAGCGUCCCAGAGCGCCCAACCCUGGGCCGGAACGUUUAGCUGGCCGGAGGCGCGCCGCGGAGAGCAGGCUGUCAUGCCCUAUUGAUCCCCCCGCCCCCUGCCAAGUAUGUUUGGGCUGGACCAAUUCGAGCCCCAGAUCAACAGCAGGAACGCUGGCCAGGGCGAGAGGAACUUUAACGAGGCCGGACUAAGCAUGAAUGCCCACUUUAAGGCCCCGGCUUUCCACGCGGGGGGACCCCCUGGCCCCGUGGACCCUGCCAUGAGCGCGCUGGGCGAGCCCCCGAUCUUGAGCAUGAACAUGGAGCCUUACGGCUUCCACGCGCGUGGCCACUCGGAGUUGCACGCGGGGGGGCUGCAGGCGCAGCCGGUGCACGGAUUCUUUGGAGGCCAGCAGCCGCACCACGGCCACCCGGGAGGCCACCACCCCCACCAACAUCACCCCCACUUUGGGGGCAACUUCGGUGGCCCGGACCCAGGGGCCUCAUGCCUGCACGGGGGUCGCCUACUUGGCUACGGCGGCGCCGCCGGCGGCCUGGGCAGCCAGCCGCCCUUCGCGGAGGGUUAUGACCACAUGGCGGAGAGCCAGGGGCCGGAGAGCUUCGGCCCGCAGCGACCCGGGAACCUCCCGGACUUCCACAGUUCGGGCGCCUCGGGUCAUGCGGUGCCUGCCCCAUGCUUGCCGCUGGACCAGAGCCCUAACCGAGCCGCCUCCUUUCACGGCCUGCCCACCUCCAGCGGCUCCGAUUCCCACAGUCUGGAGCCUCGAAGGGUGGCGAACCAAGGUGCCGUCGACUCGCUGGAAUACAAUUACCCUGGCGAGGCGCCCUCGGGACAUUUCGACUUGUUUUCGCCCUCUGAUUCCGAGGGGCAGCUGCCUCAUUAUGCGGCGGGGCGCCAGGUUCCCGGCAGCUCUUUCCCGGGUGCCUCGGCCAUGCCCAGAGCUGCAGGCAUGGUGGGCUUAUCCAAAAUGCACGCGCAGCAGCAGCAGCAGCAGCAGCAGCAGCAGCAACAGCAGCAACAGCAGCAGCAGCAACAGCAGCAGCAGCAACAGCAGCAGCAGCAGCAGCAGCAGCACGGCGUGUUCUUCGAGAGGUUCAGCGGGGCCCGCAAGAUGCCCGUGGGGCUGGAGCCGGGAGUAGGUUCCAGGCACCCGUUGAUGCAGCCUCCCCAGCAGGCCCCGCCGCCCCCUCCGCAGCAGCCCCCGCAGCCGCCGCAGCAACCCCAGCCGCAGCCGCCGCCGCCGCCGCCGCCACCUGGGCUUCUGGUCCGACAAAAUUCUUGCCCGCCUGCGCUCCCGCGGCCCCAGCAGGGCGAGGCGGGCACGCCCAGCGGCGGCCUGCAGGACGGGGGCCCCAUGCUGCCCAGUCAGCACGCACAGUUCGAGUACCCCAUCCAUCGGCUGGAGAACCGGAACAUGCACCCGUAUUCGGAGCCCGUGUUCAACAUGCAGCACCCCCCUCCCCAGCAGGCGCCCAACCAGCGGCUGCAGCAUUUUGACGCGCCCCCCUACAUGAAUGUGGCCAAGAGGCCGCGCUUUGACUUCCCGGGCAGCGCGGGAGUGGACCGCUGCGCUUCGUGGAACGGCAACAUGCACAACGGCGCGCUGGACAACCACCUCUCGCCCUCCGCCUAUUCGGGCCUACCGGGCGAGUUCACGCCGCCUGUGCCCGACAGCUUCCCCUCAGGGCCACCCCUGCAGCAUCCUGCCCCGGACCACCAGUCCCUGCAGCAGCAGCAGCAGCAACAGCAGCAGCAGCAGCAGCAGCAGCAGCGCCAAAACGCGGCCCUCAUGAUUAAGCAGAUGGCGUCGCGGAAUCAGCAGCAGAGGCUGCGCCAGCCCAACCUGGCCCAGCUAGGCCACCCUGGGGACGUGGGCCAGGGCGGCCUGGUACACAGCGGCCCGGUUGGCGGCUUGGGCCAGCCUAACUUUGAGCGCGAAAGCGCGGGCGCGGGCGCGGGGCGCCUGGGCACUUUCGAGCAGCAGGCGCCUCACUUGGCUCAGGAGAGCGCGUGGUUCCCAGGGCCGCACCCGCCGCCGGGGGACCUGCUGCCCCGCAGGAUGGGUGGCUCAGGCCUGCCGGCUGACUGCGGCCCGCACGACCCGGGCCUGGCGCCUCCCCCUCCCCCCGGUGGUUCCGGAGUGCUGUUCCGUGGCCCUCUGCAGGAGCCGCUGAGGAUGCCCGGAGAGGGCCACGUGCCCGCGCUGCCCUCCCCCGGCCUGCAGUUCGGCGGCAGCCUGGCGGGUCUGGGCCAACUGCAGUCGCCAGGAGCUGGGGUGGGACUGCCCAGCGCUCCCUCCGAGCGCCGACCCCCGCCGCCGGAUUUCACCGCACCAGCGCUCGGGGGCCAGCCUGGCUUCCCAUUCAGCGCGGCGAACCGGCAGGCCACGCCGCACAGCGGCCCAGGCGUGAACUCGCCGCCGAGCGCGGGCGGGGGCGGCGGCAGCACGGGCGGUGGCAGCGGAGGGGGCGCCUACCCGCCGCAGCCUGAUUUCCAGUCCAGCCAGCGCACCUCGGCCAGUAAGCUGGGCGCGCUGUCGCUGGGUUCCUUCAACAAGCCCAGCUCCAAGGACAACCUGUUCGGCCAGAGCUGCCUGGCUGCACUCUCCACCGCCUGCCAGAACAUGAUCGCCAGCCUCGGGGCCCCCAACCUCAACGUGACCUUCAACAAGAAGAACCCGCCCGAGGGCAAGAGGAAACUGAGCCAGAACGAGACCGACGGCACGGCUGUGGCCGGCAACCCGGGCUCGGAUUACUUCCCCGGAGGGACUGCCCCUGGGGCCCCAGGGCCUGGAGGCCCGUCGGGGACUAGUAACAGCGGCUCCAAAGCCCCAGGGCCGCCCAACCCGCCUGCCCAGGGGGACGGCACCAGCCUCUCCCCAAACUACACCCUGGAGUCCACGUCUGGGAACGAUGGCAAGCCGGUCCCCGGGGGCGGCGGCCGGGGACGGGGUCGAAGAAAAAGGGACAGUGGUCACGUGAGCCCUGGGACCUUCUUCGACAAGUAUUCGGCAGCGCCAGACAGUGGGGGCGCACCUGGGGUGAGCCCAGGGCAGCAGCAGGCACCCGGAGCAGCUGUCGGGGGAAGCUCCACGAGCGAGGCUCGCGGGGCUCCUACGCCUCACGAGAAAGCGCUCACGUCACCGUCGUGGGGGAAGGGGGCCGAGUUGCUCCUGGGGGACCAGCAGGACCUCAUGGCUUCCCUGGACGGCGGGGCCAAGUCCGACGGUAGUUCGCCACACGUGGGCGAGUUUGCCUCGGACGAAGUGAGCACCAGCUACGCCAACGAGGACGAGGUGUCAUCCAGCUCCGACAACCCCCCAGCCCUGGCCAAAGCGAGUAGGAGCCCCCUGGUGACAGGCUCGCCCAAACUCCCUCCGCGUGGGGUGGGCGCUGGGGAGCACGGACCGAAGGCGCCCCCGCCCCCCCUCGGCCUGGGCAUCAUGUCUACCUCUACCUCCACCCCUGACAGCUAUGGCAGCGGGGGCGCGGGCCAUCCUGGCACGCCGGGCCUGGAGCAGGUCCGGACCCCGACGAGCAGCGGCGGCGCACCACCCCCGGAUGAGAUCCACCCCCUGGAGAUCCUCCAGGCGCAGAUCCAGCUGCAGAGGCAGCAGUUCAGCAUCUCUGAGGACCAGCCCCUGGGGCUCAAGGGUGGCAAGAAGGGUGAGUGCACCGUUGGGUCCUCUGGUGCGCAGAAUGGUGACAGUGAGCUGGGCAGCUGCUGCUCUGAGGCGGUUAAGAGCGCCAUGAGCACCAUCGACCUGGACUCGCUAAUGGCAGAGCACAGCGCCACCUGGUACAUGCCUGCCGACAAGGCCUUGGUGGACGGCGCAGACGACGACAAGACGCUGGCGCCUUGGGAGAAGGCCAAACCCCAGAACCCCAACAGCAAAGAAGGCAAAAACGGAACGAAAGUCAGUGAUGAAUUCAGCAACAGGAAGAUCUCCCUGACUCGAGAUAAGCCAAGUGUGGAAAGGAGCUGCAGACAUUCAGCCCACGACCUCCCUGCAAAUAAGGCCUCAGCAACCCAGCCAGGGAGCCACUUGCAGUGCCUGUCUGUCCACUGCACAGACGACGUGGGUGACGCCAAGGCCCGAGCCUCUGUGCCCACCUGGCGGUCCCUGCACUCCGACAUUUCCAACAGAUUUGGGACAUUCGUGGCCGCCCUGACUUGAAUUGACAAGAAAUGCCCAACCCCCACCAGGCCCUUCUCCCCCUCCCACCGCCCCCCCCACCCUGCCCCAAACCCCUUCCCUUGACCCCACCCUCCUAUUAAUUUGAAAGGGCCACUAUUGCUGAGUGGAUGAUUUUUUUUUCUAGGUUGGUACCUGCUUAGUGGCAUAUGGACCGGAAAGGGUUAAUUUAAAAGGGGGGGGACCUCAAAAAAUUUUUUUUAAAAAAGAAAACUCGUCUGCCACAGUAUGUUACCAGUGUUAACCCUUCUGCAGUUAGCAAACUUUUGCUUCAGCCUUUUUCCUGCUAGAUAAUUCCCGUUUUUCUAUAAUCUUGGCAUACGUUUUUUUUUAGAUGACCUCUUUCCUUGUUUUAUUUUCAUGCUGCUGUAUGUCCAAGCAUUGUUAUUUCGUAAUAAGACAAGAGUUACUUUCUUUUUUAUUCUCUUUUAUUCUCAUUCCUCUCCUCACCAAUCCCCAGUCGUCUUCUUCUUUUUUUUUUUUUUCUCCUUUUUGCUUUGUUCACUGCUUAUUAAAAUGGAAAUCCUAGAGAAUAGUAGUUCUGGAAUAUUGCCGGGCGAAAGUCAAAUUGUCAUCACGAUAUUAUAUAUUGACACCCAACUGUCAUCAGUCAGGCAGGAGCCAAACAAUUAAUGCCCCCCUUAGGUAUUCCGCCUGGGAUUUUGUUUUGUCUGUUCCCUAAGAAAAUAGAGAGAGAUAUAUUUUCGUUCCUACGAACACACGCUCAGCCCUCAGCUCCAUUCUGUCUUCUGCUGGAAGCUGUCCUCUCUGCAACGGAGGUGAUGACGUGUCCAGCCCGCUCAGUGGGAAGGAGUCGGAAUGUUCAACAGUGGUGUUUUCUCUCCUUUUCUGGGCCUCUGUGCAAACACCCAGGCUCUGAAUGUUCGUGCUACGCUAAGCAGUCCUGUGUGCACGAGGGAUGGUGUCCUUCCAGCUUGCAGAGUCUCUGGGGGCUCCCGGCUUCCGCCCUGUUGUAGCGGGGCUGGCCGGGUCUUGGGUGCCCAAGUUGGGGGAGGAUCCAUUCUCAGCCCUUGACCUUUGCCCACACAGCUGAUGCCAGCCAGGCCUUGGGGGAGGAAGGAUGUGGGACUGCAUGUAUCUUCCCGACCACUCCCAUUCUGUCCUCGCUGCCCAUCUAUUUCUCCCCCUCCAACCUGGGUAGCCCCCCAUCCCUGGGAGGGUUGAGGCUUUUGCCAGCACUUUUCUGGGGGCUCAGGGAAGGAGCCCCCAGGCUCAGCCUGCCAAGCCCCCCUUCUCUGAACCUGGGUGUAUUUCUUUGCAGAGGUUGACAGGUUCCCGCGGGCUAUCGGAAGGAAACAAUGACUUUGAUGCCUCGGCCUUUUUCUUUAACCCCAGAAUACCCCCUGCUCCCCACCUUUUGAUUUAAUCUCACCCUAUUGCAAAACUAGAGUCCUGUUCCAGGCACCUCACCAAGGAAUCAACUCUUUGAGCAAAGAUGGGGGGUGGCUAGGUGAGCAGGCAGUAGUGAGCAGGGCUCCUGGACACCUCCACCCCCAACUUCGAGGACCCAGAGUGGCAGACUGGUCCAGUGCUGGUGGGGCGGGCACCUUUGGGUGCUGUGGAGGCCUAUAAAAGGCUCUUAUGAUUCAGGGGUGGGGGGUCGUGAGGGGCACACAGACUCCAGGGUGGGUCAGACAAGAAGUGACUGAUAGCCCUUCACCCAAACCAGUAACUCCACCAUUUUCCUUCUAUUUUUGCUAAAGAGCAAGUCUUACUAAAUGCUCUAUUUUGAACCUGGCGCCCCCUCCCCUCUGUCCCCAGGUCCCCAGAGUUUCUAGACCUGGCUUUUUUUGUUGUUGUUUUUUAAGUAAGUGACCUGAAGGCUUUGAGUUCACCAUACAACACCCACAUUGUUUAUUUCAAAGAACUUUCCAGCAAAGGGAGAAGAGUGUCCAGAAAAAUCUUGCUCUUUCUCCUCCCUCUUCUUUCCUGCUGGGGCCAUUUUGGCUCAGGUCGGCGUCUGGAUUGCCUUUGCUGGGGCCAUCAACUAGGGGCCCAGGUCUGGCCCCUGGGGGCCGGCAGCAGACAGGCAGAAGAGCAGGUGGUGUGAAUUGAUCAGCAGUGGUAAGGUGUGAACUGACUCAGUCCCGGAGUUCUGCCACCAGAGGAAAGAGAUAGAGAACACGUUGCUCCUGCCAGGGGCCGCAGGAGAAAUCAGCCAUAGUCUGAGCAAAACUCCACGCCCCUUCUGAUUCCGCAAUGUACAGCUGUUUGAGAGCUUUAUCACUUUAUUUUUUAAACAGGAAUGAUUUCUCCUUCAUUGCUUAAGGCCGGGGAGCCAAGAGUCUCGAUUUUCGUCUUUGACUUUCCCUGGGUUGAGUUCAUUAGCACCUGGCCAUCAGCUCCGUAGUCCUAGCAGCGUCGGAAACCCCUGAAGUUUUAAACUUUCUCGCUCCCCACGACCCCAGAAUGGAACAGCUUUAAAAAUAGCCUUAAGCAAAAGGAUGUUAUUUCAUUAAAUUUGGUUUAAUGGAAAGAAUAAAAGCAAAUUAAAAACACACCCAACCCACGAGACUCCAAACACUGGUAAUCGGUACUGCAUAGCAAACUUUUUUUGGGAAAGAAAACGAAAACGUUAUUGCACAUGUAAAAUAUAAAAUCUUAACUCUGCUGUGUGUUAGGCAAUCCUGUAAUCUUUUUUGACUCUUAAAAGAAAUUCAUUUCUGAAAUGCUUGGUUGGAAGACUGUGACAAUAGCUCAUGAAAUUGAGUGUUAUUUUUUUCUUUCUUUUUUAAAAAAAUAUGUAAAGUGCAGUCUUCUGUAUUCAUGCAUAUUGUAUAUACCUGUAUAUGUUUUCCUGAGCAGCUAAAUAACAAUAAAUAUGACGUUAAUGGUGACUGUGG